CACGCCCUGAUUCACCAGACGGUGGUGAUGGAUCUGCCGUGACUGAGGGCGAGGUAGGCUCAACGCUUGGCGAAGACAGUACAUCUGAUAAAGGAGGGGUUCCCCCGUUGCCAACUGCCCCGCCCGUUCCGCCACCUGUGUCUGAGGCUGCCGGUGUACCCGUGGCGGAGGCGGCGAUUACCCAAACUCCAGGCAGCGAGCAGGUGCCGGAGGAGCCGGAAUCGGGAUCAGCGGAUGGCGACGAGUUGGAGGGCUUUGGGGAUGGAGGUGGUGAAGGAGCAGUAGCGUCAGGUGGAGCAGGGUCGGAACCAGAAUCUGCAGAUACAAUAGUUGUGGGAAAUGUUGUGUUCUUGGACAAUGUAGGCUUCGGUCAAGACCUGCAGGGCUUCGACGCUAUUGUAGAUGAUGUGGUCUACGGCCUUUCAGAGUGA